AUGCAAGAUUCAUAAACAUAUCCUGAAGAAAAAUCAUCAAUUUAAGUAUUUAUCAGAAUUAGACCCCCUAACGAACGAGAAGAUGAACAAAAUGAUCCUAUUUUAGCCCUUCCAGCAGCUGAUAAUUGCUUGGAAGGUUACAAUGCAUGCAUUUUUGCAUAUGGAUAGACAGGAGCGGGUAAAACAUAUACUAUUACAGGCGGAGGAAGCAUUGAAUAGGUAUUAAAUACAGAAAAAAGGGGUUUAUUACCUCGUGUUUUAGAAUAUAUAUUCGAGAAAUUAGAAACUCGUGAAAAAAGUGAAGAAAACUAUUUAGUAAAAUGCUCUUAUUUAGAAAUUUAUAAUGAGAAAAUAAUCGAUUUAUUAAUGGAUAAUGGAUAAACUUUAUAACUACGCGAAGAUUUAAAAAAAGGAGUAUAUGUGGAAAAUCUAAGCGAAAAAAUAACUCAAAGCCUAUCAUAAGCUAUAGAAAUAUUAAAAAAUGGAGGGAGAAACAGACAUAUAGGAAUAACUUCAAUGAAUAGAGAAAGUUCACGCUCUCAUUCUGUUUUUUCAAUUACAGUUUAAUAAAAAAAAUAAUAAUAUAAUAAUAAUGAAAACUAGUAGAUUUCAUUUCGUUGA